AUGAUCGUUUUCAUCACGCUUUCCCCUCUCGCAAAGUCAGACUGGGUUAUUCCGAGUCAUUUCCAGACUCCCAAGAGCCUUCCCAACCCUUCCUUGGGGGCAGCUACUGCCCCUCAGCAGGGCACGCAAGACUAUUCCUACAAAUUCAGCUCUGUGGCAAUAACUGGCGGAGGGUAUAUAACCGGCAUCGUCGCCCACCCAACGGAAAAGCACCUGAUGUACACUCGUACCGACAUUGGAUCUUCAUACCGCUGGGAUGAGGCCAGCCAACAAUGGAUCGCCCUGACCGAUUUCAUCGCCCCCGAGAAUGUCAAUUGGCUCGGUACCGAAAGCAUUGCGCUCGACCCACACGAUCCCAAUCGGUUGUACCUCGCACAAGGCCAGUACGUCACGGACACCCUACCAGCGGCGUUCUUCGUGUCAGACGACCGAGGCACAACCUUCGAUAUCUACGAGGCGCCAUUCCCGAUGGGCAGUAAUGAUCUGGGGAGAAAUAACGGAGAGAGAUUGGCUGUUAAUCCUUUUAACACGAACGAGUUGUGGAUGGGGACGCGAACUGAGGGUUUGUGGAAGAGUACGGAUCGGGCGAAGACCUGGACCAAUAUCACGAACUACCCUGAUGCAGCUGGGAACGGAAUUGGCAUCGUGUUUGUGAUUUUUGAUCCGAAGAAUAGCGGCACAGUCUACGUUGGAGCCAAUGUUCCCAAUGGACUGUAUUACACGAAAGACCAUGGCGCGACAUGGCACUCGAUUCCCGGACAACCUACGGCUUGGGAUCCAGAAUUGCUAUAUGCAGGCCAUACACCAGCCAGUACGGCCCCAAUGCCCAUGCGAGCGAUCUUAGCCUCUAAUGGGAUUUUGUACACUUCUGUUUGGAGGGAUAUCACGCCUGGAACGAAUAACACUUACCCCGCGCCUUACAAGCCACAAGCUUGGCUCCCGGGAGGGUUCUGUGGCAUAAGCGUCGAUUCGAAAGAUCCGAAUACAUUGGUGGUCGUCACGCUUGAUCGCGAUCCGGGCCCAGCACUAGACAGCAUGUACUAUUCACAUGAUGGAGGGGAGACCUACAAGGACGUGUCGCAACUCUCGACUCCACCUGUAAGUGGUGGGUAUUGGGGACACCCGGUUGCUGAAGCUGCACUGAAGGAUGGCACUCCUGUACCGUGGCUCAGUUUCAACUGGAACUCGGAAUGGGGAGGUUAUGGAGCUCCCUCUCCAAUUGUUGGCUUAACCAAAUUCGGCUGGUGGAUGUCUUCUGUUCUCAUCUAUCCAUGGGAUUCACACCAUGUCAUGUAUGGGACGGGAGCGACUAUCUGGGCUACUGACGAACUUUAUAAAGUAGACUCGAACAAGGCUCCGCAGUGGUAUAUCCAAGCACAAGGAAUCGAAGAGACUGCUGUUCUAGCCCUGAUGAGUCCUACCGACGGAGCACAUCUCUUCAGUGGUUUAGGAGACAUCAUGGGAAUGCGCCAUGCUGAUCUCGAUCUCCCACAACCCAUUCUCGAUUACGCAGGCCAACAUCCCAACGUCGUCGUUCGCGUGGGUGACAGUGGAGUUUCGUAUCCUAACGGUUGUGGAUCUGGUCUUUAUUCGAAGGAUAACGGAAUAUCAUGGACCAUGUUUCCCACAUGCGUGCCAGGAGUUGGCAAUCAAACCAAUUUCGUGGGCCUCAUCGCCCUUGAUGCUUCGGCGCAGUCCUUCGUCUGGGCCUCCGAACUCACAGCAGCGCCAUACAACGAGACUGGUCCUUAUUCCACGCAAGAUUAUGGCGCGACUUGGGUCGCGCCGACUGGGCUGACUGUCAUGACGGGAAAUUUAUCUGCAGAUAGAGUUCAACCGAAGACCUUCUAUGCUUUCAACGAUGGGAUCUUCUAUAUCAGUAAAGAUGGCGGCCUAUCAUACAAAUCUACUCCUGCAUCCCAAACCGGUCUCCCAGCCGGCGCUGGCGCCGUUCCUGUCUGCAAUUUUGACACUGCGGGCGAGCUCUGGCUGCCACUCGGUACGUCCGGCCUUUGGCACUCAACCAACUUCGGCGCUUCCUGGACACAGAUCGGACCCAAAAGCCUCGUCGCCACAUAUUUCUCGAUCGGAAAAUCAGCUCCGGGAAGACUGCAUCCUGCCCUGUUUCUCUGGGGUCAAGUUUCGGCGGGUGGAGCAGAGGCAAUAUUUCGGAGUGACGAUGCUGGCGUGACGUGGGCGAGGAUUAAUGAUGAUGCUCAUCAGUAUGGGGGCGCGGCCAUUAUCCAAGGAGAUCCAAGGGUCUACGGACGGGUUUAUAUGGGGAUGUUUGGGAGGGGCAUUAUCUAUGCUGAUAUUGCGGGCGGCGGUAGGGAUCCAGUUUAA